AUGACCCAAAACUCACGGCAGCUGCACGCCUGUGCCUUGUGGGCGGCCUGCGUGGGAUGCAAGCGGCACGCUAUGCGCGACAAGAAUGUGGUGCCGAUGGCGCAGCCAAUCCCGGUUUGGUUGGACUGUGAUCCAGGGCACGAUGACGCCACAGCUAUCCUUCUAGCAGGCCACACACCCGGCUUACGCCUGCUGGGUAUCAGCACCAUCGGCGGCAACCAGACGCUGGCUAAGGUAACGCAAAAUGCGUUGGAUGUGCUGGAUGCGGUGGGCCUCUGCGAUGUAGGUGUGGUUGCUGGCCAGCCCCGGCCCCUCAUGCGCGGCCCUCUCCUGUGUCCGGAGAUUCACGGAGACACGGGUUUGGACGGACCGGGGGGCGGGCGCCUGCUGCCCCGCAGCCCGCGUGCACUGCUGCCGGGAAAGGCCAUCCACGUGAUGUACGGCGCCAUUGCAGAGGCAUACGAGCAGUUGCAGCAACAGGACCAGCAGCCGCCGCUAGCGCCGGCGGGGAUGCCGGAGGGCGCUGCCGCUGGGAUGAGCGGCGUAGAUGGGAGCCGACCGAUAGCAACGAAAGCAAGUGAUGUUAUUAAAGUCAGGCUGAUCUGCACGGGCGCCCUGACUAAUGCCGCUCUGCUGCUGACUGUGUACCCCGAGGUGGUGGACUGGUUGGAGGUGGCCCUCAUGGGCGGCUGUAUGGGAGUGGGGAAUACGGGUCCUGUCGUGGAGUUCAACAUCCAAACAGAUCCCGAAGCCGCCAAGAUUGUGUUCGAGUCCGGAGUACCCCUCACCAUGGUGCCCCUGGAG